CUCAUCCCGAGGGUUCACGAAUCCUCCGGCGUCGUUUAGCACCUUCUACUUUAUUAUUAUUUCCUCGUUCACCUUCUCCUGCUUCUCGCUAAACUACGCGAAGACAAAAAAAAAACAAAACAAAUAGAACAGAGAAAGCAAAAGCGUUAUCUUUGCUGAAUUCUUAAGUAAACAUCUCGCCAUUUUGGCGAAUUUGUGCUAAACUCCCUGUCGUAUUUCAUCUUCCUUUGUGAAUCGCUUGCCGUUUUAAGUCUCCGAGCAAAUGGCGACGGCUAAGACGGCUGCCACGGCGGCGUUUAGUGGUGUAGUCGGCGUAGGAACGGAGACUCGAAGGGUUUCUUCUUUUUCUCAUCUUCAACCCUCUGUGGCUUUUCCGGCGAAGCCCAACUCCUUCAAAGCUCUGAAAUUAAAGCAGAGCGUGAGCCUCACGCGGCGGCCUGAGCAUCGGCCGUUCGUUGUCAGAUGUGAAGCUUCUUCCAAUGGACGGCUUACGCAGCAAGAAUUCACAGAAAUGGCGUGGCAAUCGAUAGUUUCUUCACCAGAUGUGGCGAAGGAGAAUAAGCAACAGAUUGUGGAGACAGAGCACCUAAUGAAAGCUCUUUUGGAGCAGAAGAAUGGUUUAGCGCGCAGGAUUUUCUCUAAGAUCGGUGUGGAUAACACGAAAGUUCUAGAAGCCACAGAAAAAUUCAUUCAACGCCAACCAAAGGUCUAUGGAGAAGCUGCUGGUUCGAUGUUGGGGCGGGAUUUGGAAGGUCUGUUUCAGAGAGCAAGGCAGUAUAAGAAAGACUUAGGAGACUCUUAUGUCUCAGUGGAGCAUUUAGUUCUUGCUUUUGCUGAUGAUAAGCGAUUUGGGAAACAGUUGUUUAAGGAUUUUCAGAUAUCAGAGAAGAGCUUGAAAUCUGCCAUUGAAUCCAUUAGAGGGAAACAAUCAGUCAUUGACCAAGAUCCGGAAGGCAAGUACGAGGCAUUGGAGAAGUAUGGAAAAGAUUUGACAGCAAUGGCGAGAGAAGGGAAACUCGAUCCUGUGAUUGGGAGAGAUGAUGAGAUCCGUAGAUGCAUUCAGAUUCUCUCCAGGAGAACAAAGAACAACCCUGUGUUGAUCGGUGAACCAGGUGUUGGUAAAACCGCAAUUUCAGAAGGACUUGCUCAGAGGAUUGUGCAAGGGGAUGUACCUCAAGCAUUGAUGAACAGAAAGUUGAUAUCUCUCGAUAUGGGCGCACUCAUUGCUGGAGCAAAGUAUCGAGGAGAAUUCGAAGAUAGGCUAAAGGCUGUACUUAAGGAAGUCACAGACUCAGAAGGCCAAACCAUAUUGUUCAUCGAUGAAAUCCACACAGUUGUUGGUGCCGGUGCGACUAAUGGGGCGAUGGAUGCUGGUAAUCUACUGAAACCGAUGCUGGGUCGAGGCGAGUUACGUUGUAUCGGUGCAACAACGCUUGAUGAGUAUAGGAAGUACAUAGAGAAAGAUCCAGCCUUGGAGCGUAGGUUUCAACAGGUUUAUGUCGAUCAACCCACGGUCGAAGACACUAUUUCAAUACUCCGUGGUUUGCGGGAAAGGUAUGAACUUCAUCACGGAGUUCGCAUCUCGGAUAGUGCCCUAGUCGAAGCUGCUAUUCUCUCUGACCGUUACAUCAGUGGCCGGUUUCUACCCGAUAAAGCAAUUGACUUGGUUGAUGAAGCGGCAGCUAAACUGAAAAUGGAAAUCACCUCGAAACCAACAGCUCUUGACGAACUUGACCGUGCGGUGAUAAAGCUUGAAAUGGAGAGGCUUUCACUCACUAAUGAUACAGACAAAGCUUCCAGAGAAAGGCUGAAUCGAAUCGAAACAGAGUUAUUGUUACUAAAGGAGAAGCAAGCUGAGUUAACCGAACAGUGGGAGCACGAGAGGUCUGUUAUGUCCCGUCUUCAAUCGAUUAAAGAGGAGAUUGAUCGGGUUAACCUCGAGAUCCAGCAAGCAGAGCGUGAAUACGAUCUUAACCGUGCAGCAGAGCUCAAAUACGGAAGCUUAAACUCGUUGCAGCGACAACUAAACGAAGCAGAGAAAGAGCUGAACGAAUACUUAAGCUCUGGGAAAUCGAUGUUUAGAGAAGAAGUUUUGGGUAGCGAUAUAGCAGAGAUUGUGAGUAAAUGGACUGGAAUCCCAGUAUCAAAGCUUCAGCAAUCCGAAAGAGAUAAACUUUUACAUUUGGAAGAAGAAUUGCAUAAACGGGUAGUCGGUCAGAAUCCAGCAGUAACCGCAGUAGCUGAAGCGAUCCAACGAUCAAGAGCCGGUCUUUCGGAUCCAGGCCGGCCAAUAGCUAGUUUCAUGUUUAUGGGACCAACCGGUGUAGGUAAAACCGAGCUAGCCAAAGCACUUGCUUCUUAUCUGUUCAACACAGAAGAAGCUUUAGUGAGAAUCGACAUGAGUGAGUACUCAGACGAAGGGCAACGCUCUCUAUUUGCACCCCUCGGGUAAUAUGUCGGUUAUGAAGAAGGUGGACAGCUAACAGAAACGGUUAGAAGAAGGCCUUACUCUGUCAUCCUCUUUGAUGAGAUUGAGAAAGCUCACGGCGACGUCUUCAAUGUGUUCCUCCAAAUCUUGGAUGAUGGGCGUGUCACGGAUUCUCAAGGACGUACAGUGAGUUUCACCAAUACCGUUAUUAUUAUGACCUCGAACGUUGGUUCGCAGUUUAUCCUGAACAACACAGAUGAUGAUGCAAAAGAGCUCGCUUAUGAAACGAUUAAGCAGAGAGUGAUGGAUGCUGCAAGAUCCAUCUUUCGUCCUGAAUUCAUGAAUAGGGUUGAUGAGUAUAUAGUUUUCCAACCUCUUGACCGCGAGCAGAUCAACAGGAUUGUCCGAUUACAGCUGGCUCGUGUGCAGAAGCGAAUUGCAGACAGGAAAAUGAAGAUAGAGAUCACAGAUGCUGCAGUGGAUCUUCUCGGAAGCCUCGGGUAUGAUCCUAACUAUGGAGCUAGACCUGUGAAGCGUGUGAUACAGCAAAACAUUGAGAACGAGCUCGCGAAAGGCAUCUUGAGAGGAGACUUCAAGGAAGAAGAUGGUAUUUUGAUCGAUACAGAGGUCACAGCGUUUUCCAAUGGCCAGUUACCUCAGCAAAAGCUCACAUUCAAAAAGAUCGAGUCAGAAACAGCAGAUGCUAAGAAAGAAGAGGACGCUUUCUCAAGACAGAGUAAUUGAAAAAUGAAGCCUUUUGAAGCUCAAGAAGUUUCAGACUAUAUAGUAGUACAGAACUUCUAGCGAGUUACUUGUAAUAAGCUGAUGAGUCAUUGUACUGAUGUCUCAAAAUCCAAUGAUUAUGGAAACUGAUGAUCAUCAUAAUUUGACUGUAUAUGAAUGUUGAAUUUCUGAAGAUGCAAUAGAUUUUAGCA